UCAUCAAGACAGCCAUAGAAAUAGAGUCUGGCUCAAAGCUAUUUCCCAACUUUGGUUUGCCUUCGAAAUUUCGGUUUAAAAUUCUCUGCUUUCGGCCAUGAAGUAUCUGAAUAAGCUGCUGUCGCUGGGUAGCACCAUUCUGCAGAUCCUCUACGAAUGGUUGGGUCUGUUGAAUCCCGGGUGCCUGGCACUGGCCACGUUGAAUAUGCUCUACCUAGCAGUCUGGCUGGACUACCAUUUCCGGCAGUAUGGCUGCGAUUUGCUCUACUGGCGCGAGGAGCUGAGCCAGUGCCCCACCGAGUACUUGCUCACGUGGAUUCUGUUGACGGCCUCGAUCCAUGUGCUGGGCUCUGUCGUGGAUGUCAUUGUCUUCUCGGCCCUGCUGCGUCGUAACAUGCGGGAGUUCAACAAGCCGCUCCUCCACUACGAGGAGCGCUAUCGACGGUUCGUGUUGAUACGCCUGGUGCGGCAGCUGGAGCACGCCCUGGUGGUGCGGUCGCUCUCCGCACAUGGCAGUCAAGUGGUGCUCAAGAACAUGUCCGAUGCAAAAAGCCUGAUCAAUGAGGCGGUCAACUUGUUUCGCACCUCGGCGAAGAUCCUGCUGUGGCCCAACAGAUCGGAUAUGCAUGUGGAUCCGUUCAUUCUGUACCACAUAAACGAGGGGGAGCUGGAGGAGCUCAACGCCCAUGGCUAUUGUUUGGGCGAUGUGGCUGCCCAGGAUCUGGAGAAUGAGAAUUUUAACUAUUUGCUUAACCCUUUUUGGUAUUAAAAUUCCCUUUAAUCUCACAACAGAUUGAUUAUCAGGUUGAGGUUUCUUUCCGGUUCUA